ACUAUGACUCGUACCUGUUCACAUAAGAUUUAAAAAAAAAACUGAUAAGUACAAUGGUAUGUUAUAUCGUGCAGUAGUUUCUUUAAACAGCAAUGAUGAAUGGUUACACUUUCAUGCCAAUAGUUUUACUGUUUCAUAUGACAAUGAUUUCUCUCCAGUAUAUUCUGGAAAAAGAGAAAUCUUCUGAGAAAUUUGUUGUUUUUUUUGUUUUCAAAAGAACUCAAUGAUAACGUUUUUGAGGACCUUGAGAAAUCUCACUGGAAUAAACUCUACCAGAUAACUCCCACAACCUUCAUAUUCCAAUACAAAGGCAGAGCCAUAAAUGAUGCGAUUGGAGAUGUAAAAAGGAAGUUUAAAAAUCAGUUAAUUGAAAUAGAACAAGUGAAGAACUACAUUGAGGUUAUUAGAACAAACGAAACAUCUUUAGACCAAAACCAAACGUAUUUUGAAGAUCUAGUACAGCCAAAUCUAGUAUGUGACCAUUACUACGGGAUGGGCGUCGAGAAUGCAUGGUCACGUGGCUAUAGUGGAAAGGGCGUUGUGGUUGCCGUAACUGAUAUAGGCAUAAAUACAGAUUUGAUUGAUCUCCAGCCAAAUAUUGAUGGUAACCUUUGCUUUAAUUUUAUAAACAAUUCAACGAAUGUAACACCAGAGUAUUUACAUUCAUACAGGGAGGAAUCAUUUACUGACCAUGGAAAUAGAUGUGCCAGCCUCAUUGCUGCUGUAAAAGGAAACGAAGUCUGUAGCGCAGGAAUUGCCUUUAAUGCAUCCAUUGCCGCGCUUAAAAUGUUUGGAGCCUACAGAGACUAUCCUAAGCAUACUCAUGCCUGGUCAAGUUCUGACAUGAUGGCCAGAUCUCACGUUUACGGUCCAGACAAAACUGACAUUUAUUCAAACUCCUGGGGACCAACCGAGCCGUUUUCAGAGAUUGGUCUUGAUCGCAGAGAAGCCAUGAGGAGUAGUGCAAAAACGCUUACUACGUCAUUUUGGAAUAAAUGCGUAACAGGUUUUGUGGGAGUAUCUGCUGCAACCGCGAAUGUUGCCGGAAUUAUAGCGUUAGCCUUAGAAGCAAGACGUGGAUUGUUAACAAGAAUCAACAAAUAUAACAACGAACGCAGCUGA